AUGGAGAAGCUUAAUAGUGAAGAUGGACAGCUCUUCAUCAGAAGCCUGGCGAGUUUCGUGCGCACCCACGAAAAAGCACUUGCAAAUAGCUUGCAAAUGCAGCGACAGCGUGCGAAGAAUGCGUCUACGUCGAGUUUGAUGAGCCUCUCCUCUCCUACCACUCCGACAACAACCUCAAAUACCUCAAGCUCUCUCAUUACGGCCUUCUCACUUGGUGGCUUAAGUUUCAUGUCACACAAUAUCAAGCCCGCUCAAUUGACCUUGACUCCUCAUCAUCUUUUUUACAUUCUCUCGCGGCUAGAAGAACUGGACAUUGCGAUUGGUCCGAUGAAUAUUCGUCUCGAGAACCUACAUACCGAGACCUCCCCUGCCAAUUACGUGUCUUUCCUUAAUCAACCUCGGAGUAAGCGUCGUAGUGACAAAGACUCUAUCCAUUCUGUAUCAAGCGUGCGGAGUGUAAUGUCUGGUAUGAGUUCUCUGUGGUCAAGCUUUGGCCUGGGAGGCUCCGGUGGUGUCACAAAAUCAGAGAAAGCUAAAGCUGCCUUGGAAGCUGAUCUCAAAUAUUUAUACUCGGCGUUCACCAAGCUACCUUCUCUUCGCCUCUCUCCUGAUCACCGGGCGCGACUCAUCCAAGGAUACGAGGAGUUCCCAUUUGACACAGCCGUACCAUUAUUCGCAUUCAAGAAUAUACAGUCACUCGACAUCGUCGAUAUGGACUUCCGGCAAUUCUACGGCUGGGAUCGUUUGGCCGAGCAGCUCAGCUUGCUCACCGUCAAGCGAGCAAAUCUCGAUGACCCCCGUGACCUGAUAACUAACAUCGUUCUGGACGACACAGAGAGGCGCAGAUACAGGUCUACCAAGACCCAGCAAUCAUCUACUCUUGCAUGGAUUGUUCCCUCUCCUGCAAAAAGUGUUGUAGGCCGUUCCAACUCUGAUCCAGGGUCACCAGGUAGACUACCCGCAGAAAGCCUAAGCCUCGCUGUUGCUGAAGGGGAAACUAAAGAUGGGGAGGCCUCACCCAGUUUUCCGAAUGGUAGCGUUUCACCGAUCCGCCCAUUAUCCUCGCGAGCAAACUCUACUUACCGGCAUGUUCGAAGCUGCUCCUCGAAGAUUAAGAGAUCUGAAUCUGGCAGCUCCAACUCUAGCGAACACUCCCUCCUCCGUCACCAGAGUGAAAGUGUUUAUGGAUCCUCGAACCUCGGAUCGCUACCCGCCAGCAAGUGGAGGUUUUUAAAGUAUUUGAGCCUUGCAGACAAUUCAUUGACCUCGAUCUCGACCAGUAGCCUUUUACCACUAGCAAACACGCUCCGGUCCCUCAACCUUUCGUCAAACCUCUUUACAGAGAUUCCCGAUAGUCUGUCGAUCUUGACAAGGUUGACUUCCCUGGACCUUUCAAAUUGCAUGAUCGAAUCGCUACAUUCAUUAACCACGAGUCCACUUCCCGCCAUUACGACGUUGAAGCUCAAGCAUAAUCGACUCACUUCUCUGGCUGGUAUUGAACGACUGCUGUCACUGGAAAACCUCAAUGUGCAGGAUAAUAAGAUCUCGGAUCCGAUGGAAGCAGCAAGAUUGACCGGAUUGCCAAACAUGCACCGCAUUUGCGUCAAGCGCAAUCCUCUGACCAGGCGCACUAACUAUAGAAUCACUAUUUUUAAUCUCUUCCGCAAUACACCUGGUUAUUCCGAAGACAUCAUCAUCGACGAAAAUAGUCCGACGUAUAGCGAACGCCAAUUUCUUCAGGAUAGAGUUCCUGAGAGUGAUAGACCGCCGGUCGUCCGCCCUGUUGAGGUCAUUCAGCUUUCUCAACCGCCGCAACCUCAAGACAAGAACCACUUAACACCUUCAUCUCCUUCCGAUAUCGCCAUUGAGAAGUCUCAACCAGAACAUGCCAUCACUUCGAGUCGCCGCCGAAAGGUCCCUCGAAGGCGCAUUGUGGACCUGUCAAGAGAAGAAGAGCAAGGUUCGGGCUUGCCGCCAACCAAUCUGGACGCUUUCGGGCCACUUUUAAGGAGCCCUGGGGCUAGAGAACCGGCCGAAGCUACGGUAAAUCAAGCCGCUUUGUCCGGGAGGAACAAUGUAAAGAUUGCAAAUGACCCACGAAUUGACACGAGCCAGGAUGACUUCAGGCAGCGACUCGAAGCGCUUAAGCUCGAAGUUGGCGACAGAUGGUUAAGUGUCUUGAAAGACCAAGGAUUGGCCAGCAGUACGGACCUAUUCAUGAAUGGCAAUUCUGCGGUAGGCCCGAUUCAGUCGCUUCAAAGGCAACAUCAUCAAGCACUUGUCAGCGGAGGCAGGACCCUGGGCUGA